GCACUCUGGACCGCUUUCCGCAAGAGCAAAGAAAAAGAACACGACUCACAGACCAAGCCCAAGUCAAAGGGCUUUCUGAGUGAUCUCAAGGCGUCUCUGUUCUCCAAUGAUUCGUUUGCCCCCGUCAGUAAACUGCUGAACGCAGCACACACCGCCGACAGUCCAGAUGAACGUGACAGAGUCGUCAGAGAGGCGGGAGGGUACUUCGCCGAAGACAAACUAGCAGGACUAUUCACGCGCACUCGGUGCAUAGGCAAUCCCAAGUUCAAACAGAAGUACCGUGGGCUGUCCUGUAUUCCCGAGGUGGCCGUGUUCGACACCCGCACCAGCGCCACAGACGUCUACAUCACAUUGGGGUGUGCCAGUGUGUUUGAGGUCAUGAGUGUGGAUGAGUUAGGGGAGGAUCUGCGCAACCAACGUCUGGGCAGCCAAGACCCUAGCAUGAUAGCUGAGCACAUGGCCCGUCGCAUAGUCGGGGCGCACCACACGGACGAGGAUGUCAGUCUGAUUGUGCUGCACUUCAAUGCCGCCGGGAACGUCCUCCCCCCGCCCUUGCCCCUACCUCCACCUGUGGCACGGUCCUCUUUGGCCGUGCAUGGGCUUCUGUCGCCACAGACAUCGGCUGAUGUAUCAGCAGAGCAGGCGUAUACCACGCAGCAGCUGGCCUUGGCAGAAAGUGAGCCCAAGGAUGUCAGCGACGCGAACCCAGACACACCGACUCACGCUACGUACACACACAGUGGCACUGUACCUGAGCACGGAAGUGGGCAGGAGGAACCCCACAGGCGAAGCAAAGGACGGGUACGGUACAAGCACACAGAGAGCUAUGGCGAUACCAACACCAAGCCCGCGGCUGGGGGGGCGUCAGUCAGUGGGAAGAGACAGCUGGUGAGGGCCAACACUUCAGGCAGUGGGGGGGGGGAGGACAGAGAGGGACAAGCGCACACACGAGGAGAGAUAUGCACACACACGGGAGACACACCAGCCACAGCCACAGCCACAGCCACAGUCACGGGCACAGGGCAUGUACAAGCCAGGCAGCCCGCACCUGUACGGCACAGCAUCGCCUGCGAGUGUACACGCGCUGAUUGCGAAGAACAACAAGCAGAUCCCAUCACGCCGAGGGUCGGGGGACAGAAAUGA